AAAUAAAAUUUAGAUUUUUUCGUAUAUGUCAUAUUUUGAAUUUUUAAAAACGACAAUAAAUGACUAAAACUAUUAAAAUUAUUAUGUUAAAAAUUAAUGAUCAAUGGUUUAACAUUUUUAUUAUAAGAAGAUACACAUGAUUUUAAAACCAUAUGAGUAAAAAAUAUCAUUUAAUAAUAAAAUAAAUAUAUAUAUAUAUAUAUAUCUAUUCUAUUAAAACACCUGUUUGACCCAUUGAUAAAAGUUGGAUCCAACAACUAUUUUUAACUAUACAUACCUUUUUAAUGUGAUAACUACUAUGCCUUUUUAAUUUUAGAAACUAACCACCACAUCAUUUUCUUUUUCGAAAAUAACCACCACUCCCUAAAAGUAGGGAACCUCUAUUUAUAUGUAACUUCCGCUUUUACUGUUUUCUAUUUGAUCGGGACCAUUUAAAAUAUAUUUUUGGACUUUAGCACCACUUAAAUUUCAUACUAAUAUAUUUUCUGGACUAUACCACUAUAUUUACGAUAGCUAAUAAUAUUUAGCCUUACUUAUGUCGACUGUUUCCUAAUAAUAUGGAGCAUACCUAUUUUUUCUCACUAUAUAUCCAACAAACAAGAACAUUCCAGGAAUCAAAUCAAUUAUUCUAAAUUCAAUUUCAAAAUUUGAUAACUAACUCCUUAAUCCCGUAAAAUAUGCCCUCAUCUUAACUUAAACCGUUUCCAUCGCCAUCUUCUCUUUAUAAACAUCCUUCCUACCAUCUACGCUUAACACACUUCUUUAAAGCUUAAUUGAGAAUCCAAAUCUAAUUCAGAAAGUACCUUUAAGCAUGGAGCUCACCGCUUUGGCUGACAUCAAACCAUUCAAGUCAGAAUGGCGUAUUCAAGUUAAGGUGCUCCAUACCUGGAAGCAUUACACAAAACUUUCAGGAGAAACAUUGGAAAUCAUUAUGUCUGAUGCACAUGGAACUAAAAUUCUUGCGUCCUGUAAGAAAACAUACUUUGAGAAGUUUGCAAAAAAAGUACCUGUUGGAAUGUGGAGAAACAUUGAAAAUUUCUCCAUCAAUGGCCCCGGUGUUUCCUACAGGCCUACCAAUCAUCAAUACAAGAUCAAUUUCAUCUAUGGAACUGAUAUCACUCCGUCAACCCUGCAAAACGACAGCAUGUUCCUCAGUUUGGUUGAUUUCCAGACUAUUCAACAGGGAGUAGAAGAUGAAAACAUCUUAAUUGAUGUUAUUGGAGAAGUGACGGAUUUGGGAUCUCUUGAUACAGUUCUGUGUUCUGGUAAAGAAAGAAAGAAAAUUGAGUUCAGUUUGACAGACCUUCAAGGUCGUAGGAUUGCUUGCUGUCUAUGGGGAAAAUUUGCUGAAAGCAUUCAUGCUAAUUGCAAAGCAGUUGGUGGAGAUACUGUUAUCUGUCUCUUACGUUUUGUGAAAGUCGGGACCUAUAGAGAUGAGGUUCAAAUUUCAAAUUCAUAUGAUGCUUCUCAAAUCUUUUUCAACCCGCCAAUAAUGGAGAGUGAGGCCUUUUUGAAAAGGGAGGUUGCAUCCAAUGCUUUGACAUUGGUUGAAUCCGAACAAGACAAACUUGAAAGGGAAAUUAGACGCGAUAAAUGGAUGCAAUAUCCAAUCAGAGACAUUGCAGAGCUACUAUCUUCAACUCAGAUUGAGCAAUGCAGAGUCAUUGCCACAAUUUGUGCAAUUGACAAGGAUUGGGGAUGGUACUAUUUUGGAUGCAAAGCUUGCAACAAAAAGGUCAACAAGAUUUCAACAAAAGUUCAAGUCGUCAAGGGGAAUGAGAUAACAACUCAUUUGUGGUGGUGUGAAAAGUGUGAUGAUAAAGUCACUAAAGUCUUGCCUAAGUUCAGGAUUCAUGUAUGGGUGAAAGAUGGUACUGGAGAAGCUUACCUAAUGUUACUUGACUGGAUUGCAAUCGGAGUUAUUCCUGAAACUGCUGCUGCCUUGCUCAACGGUUCAUUUGAGGAGGUUAUAUCCUCUACAAGAUAUUGA